AUGAUGACAAAAAAACACGAUCUUUCUCGAGGUUCAAUCACAAAAAUUCGUGAUAAAUUUGGAAUUAAUCUAUCAAAUCAAAAUUCACCAACAACAGCAACAGCAACAUCUUUAAACCAAGCUGUUGAACAAUUUCUAUGUAAUGAUGAAAUAAGUCGUUUAAGUCCAGAUAAAAAGCAAAUGAUCGAUGGAAGGCAAAUUCGGUAUCUUCUCGGUCAUUUAAUUAAUAUUCACCAAAGAUUCAUAGUUGAAACAAAUCAUGAUUGCUCCUACGCUACUUUUACCCGAAAUGUUCCACAAUAUAUUGUUAAACCUAAACCAUCAGACUGGGGUACCUGUUUAUGUAUGGUAUGUUUAAACCCUCAAUUGAAAUGUGAACGAAUAAUUCAACUAAAAAGUCAUCAUCUAUCAUUAAUUCCUUUGUCUGCU